AUGGCAACACACUGCCUCAUCUGCGUGCUGCUGUGGUGGGAUCUGGUUCUUCCUGCGGAGACACUCCUGUGCCCGGCUACUUGUCCAGAUGCUACCACAGAUGGAUAUGCCGCCGCGUGUCGGUUCCACGGAAACAAUUGCACGGUCCCCACGACUCCGAACUUGGCCCGCGUAUCCACUCACGAUCUCAACAUCGUGGUCAUGAAUCCGUAUUCCGGUGCAGCGGGGGACGUUGCCACGGUGUCGGAGCCUUUGCUGCAGGCGGCAGCGCAAGAGACCGUCCAUCGUGCUUGUGAUGUGGAUUUCCUUAUCCAUUGCUCUGCGGACAGCAGCCUCCUCCCGGGCUACCGACUGCAAGUCCACGUUGUGGAUGCAGAGUGUUCCGCACAGAUUGGAAUCCGUCGGACGAUUGCUUCCCUCAGCGCCAGCCCGCCAAAGCAUGCCGUGCUGGGCGCAGUCUGCAGUGGUGCCUCAGAGGGCAUCAACGAUGCCCUCUACCAUUACAAUGUGUUGCAGGUUUCUCCGAGCUCGGUGUCGGCCAGCCUCAGUGACCGCAGCCGCUUCCCUUACUUCACCCGUAUGGCGCCUUCAUACCGCUUCAACGUCCUGGCUCUGUUCGGUGUGUUGAAACUGCUUGGGUUCAAGAGGGUCGGCGUUGUACAUGGCCCACGCAGCAUCAGCGUCCUGGCGAGGGACCUCUUCUCGGAGCUCGUGCAGCGAGACCUGGACUCCGGCGCAUAUCCCUGGACGAUCCUGCUGCAAGCACAGGUGCAGGUGCAGGACUUGGAAAGUGCCUCUGCCGCAAUGGAACUGGUGAGGAGUCGGGAUGCCCGCAUCAACAUGAUGGCUCUUUAUGAGGAUGAUGGGGCGAUGCUUCUUUGCCAAGCGUAUCGACGUGGCAUGCUGUCUCCAGACUAUGUUUGGAUGAUUUCGUCCGGUUGGUGGAUUCAGAACUUUGCCCAGCGCUUCGCGGGCACUCCCAGCUGCCCGUGUACAGCAGAGGAGGUGCUUCAGACGGGCUAUGGAGCGAUGGCCUUUGACAUGGGUCCGAUGAUGAACACUGGUGAUGUCCAUGGCCUUUCGGGCCGUGUGCUGUCGGACAUCUACAAAGAUUACUUGGCUGAGUGCGCUGCCUUUGGGGGCGGGAAGGGCGUGUGCUCGGUGGAAGUGGCAGGUUACACCUACGAUGGACUUUGGCACAUCGCUGCAGUUCUCCAUGCUUUCCUCAUCGAGCAAAACAGGAGCUACGAAGAGCUCAACACCGAGUUCUCACGCGAGUCCUUGUACCAGCUUUUUCUUCGACAGGACUACAUGGGAUCCACUGGGCGCGUCCGAAUCUUCAAUAGUGUGGAGCCCACGACCACCCCUCCUUCACACGGAGAUCGAGAGGGACAAAUCCUCAUCCGACAGAUCACCACCAUCACGGCAGAGCCUUUCGCUCAUCUCGGAAUCUGGUCGGCGACAGGAACCACAUGGCUGGCCGACAUUAUUUGGAACAUGACGAACGGCAGUGCUCAGUGCGAGGGGGGCCCCGCCUCCGCCGCCGGAUGCACCGCGAGUUGGCAUCGUCGGAUCCGCAGAAGUGCAGGAGGCGCAGGAGGAUUCUCGUCUUCUUCAUCGUCUACGACGCCGAGCCCGACAAGCAGAUCCACCUCCGCCAGUGCCCCUGAAGUUCUUGACCACUAUCACCUCCGCCAGCGACGAGAAGCAGACCCGCGCCAAGAGGAGCUUCUGGCGACCUUGGAAAGCGGAGCAGAGUGA